AUGGAUAGCGCGACCCAAAAUAGCCUACCGGAUCCCAACAGUACCUCCGCCAAUCCGUCCCCUCCUGGUGAGAUGGGAAACGGGAAACCAGCAGAUCAAAACCGUGCAUACUCGGGGGAAAUGAUCAAACAACUAGUGGGCUCUCCAGUCACUGAGAAUCAACUGAUCGAGGAAGUGAACAAAUCCUAUGACAACCUUGUCAAGGUGGAAAAGCAGUGCAUUCAAACAACCAGGCAGCAUGCUGAAUCAAAAGUUGACCUAUCACACGAUCAGUGGCUGGUACACAUUUCGAAUCACGCAACGCUACUCGACGAGCAUCGUGACUUCCUCCUUUUCUCUCAACACCCGUCAGCUAAUCCUACUUGCAAAUAUUUAGCCGAUAAGUAUAAAAUACCAGCGCGUAUGUGGCGUUAUGGAAUCCAUUCAUUCCUAGAGCUGUUACGUAAGAAACUCCCCGGUUCGGAGGAGUAUAUGCUCUGGUUCAUCAAUCUCUCGUACACGAUGAUAACAUCGCUACUGGAAAGCGUACCAGUUUUCACAGAGACGUGGACCGAGUGCCUAGGUGACCUGGCACGUUACGGAAGGGUCGUGGAUAUAUCCGACAAGAAGGCCCGCGAAUUCUGGGCAGUGAUAUCGAGGUCUUGGUACAAUCGGGCCGCAGAUCAAAGCUCAGAUAAUGGCCGCAUCCAGCAUCAUCUUGCUGUUUUAGCUCAGCCAGACCACCUUCAGGAAUUCUUCCACUACACGAAAGCAUUGAUAUGCGUGGACCCAUUCCCAGGUGCUCUCGAUGGCAUGACUCGGCUAGUCACCCCUCUUAUGAACAUGUCAGCUCAGGAACGAAGUAUGACCACUUCGUUCGUGGCUACUCAUGGUGCGCUUUUCAUGCAGGCUCCGGUUGAGGAAUUCGUUUCUCGGACGAUUGAAUUUCUUGCUACCUUACGCAAGAAUGGAUUAGAAGGGCAGCAAGGCGUCCAGAUCACAUCUUGUAAUAUCUCUGCGAUAUUUCAAUAUGGAAACGAAGAUGGAGUUAUGAAAAGGGACUUCAAGACGAACCUCACGGCAGAAGAUCGCUUGUGGGCAUCUAGUGCAAACGCCGUCGAUGCUAGCGAAUACACCGAUAUCUCGUCUCAGGUUACGUUUCGGGCAAGUUCUCUCGCCUUUCACACAUUGAUUACUAUGCUCGGACAAACUGGAGACUCAAAUGUGUCUGCGAGUGUGCACAUCUCAAUGGCAUUUAUCUGGUGUCUUACGUUGAAUCGGGCCGCUAUAAAACGACUGGAGCCUCUGGUUCCGUGGUCGCUACUUGCAACGUACCUGAACAAGCAGUUCAGCCGCGACACGAUCAUAUCAAAAAUCGAGGAUGAAUCAUUCCCGCAUCUUGAGGACGCGACUUUCCAACGGCUACCGGAAGACUUUUUGAUUAGAGGACAGGCUUGGAGUCGGCUUUACUACCCCGAAAACUUCUUCGACGGAGCUCCUACAGAGGACGACAGACUAUCAAGCGAAGAACCUUCGGCCUUUAUGACUAGAACACAUCGAGUCCUUUGGCUUGGAGUACAAAUCGCAACGCCAAAACGCUGGAUGACAUAUGACCAGACGCUAGGGUUCACAUCCACUCAACUCGCAAACGAAUUAGCCCCAAUAGCAGAAUCCCGAGAUCACCUCUAUGGCAAUCCUCUCUCCUCACGAACUGAGACGUCAUCCUCUGACUAG